UGACAAGCCCUUGACUUUAUUGACAGUUGACAGUAAAUUGUUUUGGUUUUUUUGAAUGUGGAUAUUUCACUGAAAAUUAUUAAAAUGUGGAGCGGUCGCAGCCUAACUGUCGCUAAAUUUGCGAGAUUUACUCUUCAUAAGAAAAUCCCCAUAAACAGAAAAAAUGUAUAUGUCCCAUGUCAGUGUUUAUUUGGUAACCAAUAUUUUAGAUUUGUCACCAGUCAUCAAAACACAAACUAUGUAGAAAAGACUCCCAAGAUAUCAAGCACACUUGUCAAUAGAGGUAUUAAUAAGGACUCAUCAAAAGAACCUAUUAGAAACCCUGUCUCGUCCGAAGAAUUACUUGAGAAGUUCAUCGCUGGCCUAUCUACAGACAUCCAUCAGAAGAACAGGGUUUACAAAAAUGAUUUAAUGCGUGUCAUACUUAAGAUUAAAGAAUCAAACUUUUCCACUAAGAAACAGGGUCUGUUGCUAAUAAGGUGCUGCGCUGAGCUAAUGCCAGACGAAAGUUCGUCAACGAAGAUGACAUUGGUUGAGACAAUAUGGAAUACAAUAAAACCUCACACAAAAUUCGAAGUUGAACAUUACAACGAACUACUAAGAGUGUACAUAGCUAACAACAGAAUGUUGAAUGUCAGUUCAUUCAUCAGCCAAAUGGCUCCUGUCAAGCCAAACAUAACUACUUAUGAACUGAUACUAAAGGCUCUUGGAGAGGCUGGUGACUUGAACCAAGCCACAGAGGUCAUAUCCAAUAUGAAAGCACAAGGUUUACCAGCAACUGAGAGCAUUUUCAAUUCUCUUAUAGUGUGUCAAGGGAAAGCUGGCAACCCAAAUAACAUUCAAGAAGUGUUAACGAUGAUGAAAUCUCUAAAACUAGAGCCCUCAGUCGACACCUACACAGCUAUAGCCCGAGCUCUAGCCUUUAACAAGAAGACAGAUAAAGUUCUUGAAGAAAUGGAUAAGGCACGAAGAACUGGUUAUCAGUUUGAGGAAACACAUAUUAUGGAUAUUGUUAAAACUCUUGCCGUUCUUGGGAAUUAUGAACCUAUACCAAAAAUUCUUCGCUACUUACCUGAGGAAACUCUCAACUCACCAUCAAUAUCUGCCUACAUGCAAAGCGUUUGCACAUAUUUGGUGUUCCAAAAUCAUCCCUUGGUGGCACUGGAGGUUUAUAAAUGUCUACCACUGCCGUCUUUUGGACCUAAAGACGACCGAGGUCUCCAUGGUCGGAGUUUGGUCCGCGAUUGCGUGAAGGCUUCCGUGCCAUCCAGCGUCGUCGCCUUAGUCACACAAGAGCUAAUGUCUUCCGGAAGGAACCCUAUAGCACUGCAAAACGCUUCCGAAGCGGCGCUACAGCUGGGCAAAGUUCCCCUAGCAUUAGACUUAUUCACUAGAAUGAAACAAAUAGGCAUGCCACUCCGUCCGCACUACUUCUGGCCUUUAUUACUACUCUCAUCCAAGACUGCUGGAGAGAAAGGGAUAAUGGACACUCUAACAACGAUGGUGGGAAUGGACGUGAAGCCGGAUUAUGAAACUAUAAUGGACUACACUUUGCCGUACGUGAGUUUCACAUCGCCGCAGAAUUUGAUGAAGAAGUUUCAAGGAGCCGGUGUGAGUGUGACCACUGUGUUGACUCCGAUGAUGGAGACGCUCUUGAACACGGGACAAGUCAGAGCUGCCAGUGAGAUUUGUGAAUUGUUCCAAGGCAAAGUGGACGCUGAGAGAAUCUUAAAGCCGUUACUAAAAGGUUACUUUACAAGCGUCGACACAAAAAGUACGGUUCACAUACUAGAAGAUAUUUUGAUGAAAGCCUUGGACAAGCAAAAGGAUUGGACCGGUAGAUUUUUGUGUGUAUUCAUGCAGCACAGGAAAGUGCAAGCUGAUCUGUCGGAUUUCUUUAGUUUAGUGAAGGCAAUAAGAGAGUCUAAGUUAAAAAUAUCGACAUCGGCCGCGGACUAUUGCAUGAGCAGACUGCCGGAACGAUAUGACGAGGAGACGGCCGCGUCCUUCAGGGAUCAACUUAUUGACAUAACGGACGAGACACUUGUUGAUGAAGGGGAGAUGUUUGUGACGCAUAUACCGCAUCCUAAACACAUGAACGAGGAGUCCCUCCGGGCGCACCUGAGCGAGCUGGAGGCGAAGGGCAUGAACACUCGCGGCGUGCUGCGGCGCCUGCUGCAGCAGUACUGCCGCCAGGGGAACCUCAAGGCCGCCAGGGAGAUCGCUGAUAAGUGCCAAAAUGAAGGGGUAUUCUUAUCCCCUGGAAUGAAAGCGGCCAUAUUCGACCUCCACGUCAAACUAGGCGAGUUGGAUUUAGCCGAAUUAGCCCUCGCGGAUUUGAACAAAACAUCACCUAACUUCAUGUUGGACGAAUUCAAAGUUAUCGAUUUUGCAACACUAAUGGUGUAUCGAAAGAAUAUCAAGAAAGCUUUCGAUUUGAUUAACGAGGAGUCUAAGAGAAGGCGUGUGGUGGGAGGUCGCGGGUUGGCCAUGAACUGCUGGCGGCUGCUCGACGCCACGGCGGCGCACGGGGCGCUGCAAGAUGUCCGCAAGAUGUUCGAGUUACUGACCUCGCAGAGGUAUUGUAAGCCGACCAACGCGUUGCUGGGACCUUUGAUACGCGCCCAUUUAAAACACGAUAAUCUCCAAGAAGCGGUACAAGAGUUUGUACGUCUCGCGAAUAAAUAUAACAAAACGCCUCUAAAACAUGAGCUAUUGUGCAAAAUACUGCAGACCAUGAACGAUGGACAAUCUGAAGACAAUUUCCUCACAAACGAGAGGUCCAAUGGAAGACUGAACAAAUUAGCACAGACUAUAUUAAACAUCGAUAAGAAAGUCCACGGCCCCGGCGAUGUACAGCUGACACUAAUAGCAGCGCUAGCAGAAGUCGGAUACAAGAAGACGCUUCGCAAGCUGUUCCUAGAUCCGACAGUAAAGUUCCACCCAGACGCGUUAUCACGAAGAUGCGAGCGAUUUGCAGACGAGAAGAAAGUGAAUGCGCUAGAGACGAUAGCCAUGUGUGCGAAAGACCUUCGCCAUGUCGAUGUCGAUGAAAUAUACGAGCUUAUACUGGAUAUACACCAACGCGACGACAACUAUCAAGAAGCAAUGUCAUUAUGGACGCGAAUGCAAGAAGCGGAUAUACCACCCUCGCAAAAGUUCGUGAGAAACCUCUGUUCAGUCAUCAAAGCCAAUAACAAGGACGUGCCUUCAGAGUUGAGUAUACUUCUCGACAAACAAGCUCAUGCAUCGUCAUCGUAAACUAUUUUUAAAUAACCUUGUCAAUAAAUGUUAUCAGGAAUCAACUAAUCGCUGUCUUGUCAUAUCUGCAUCAUUUAAUUUUAUGCCUUCGGUAUUAAAAUAAUAGUCAUCAUUGGCAUUAGCGUAAUCCCAAAA